AUGGAUAUUCAACGUCAAUUUCCUGGAGUGCACUGGAUCUGGGGAGGAGGCAUCUCCUUUGUUUACGAGGUUCAUCCUCGAAUCGUGGUCAAGGUCCCGCAGUCUGGCGAAUUUGAGAAGGAACAAUUCUCCAAAGAGCUCGAGAUAUACCAGACAUUCUCGCAACGCCCGCCUUGUCCCUCCAUCGUGCAGUGUUAUUUUUACACACACAAUGGCAUCUUUCUCGAGUAUAUGAGAGAUGAGUCACUUUCUUCUAGAAUACAAGACAAUCAUAUCCGCAACCAUCAGACAAAGGUGGUUACUACAGUGGAAAGGCUGGAGCCUCUGCCUCUCCGAAAGGAAUGGAUGAAUGAUCUCGCCCAAGCGGUGGCUUUCUUGGAAUCACUCAACCUCGCUCACGGCGAUCUUCGUCCGGAGAAUAUUCUUCUCGAUCGCAACCGAAUCAAGCUAUCAGACUUUGACUGUACAGCCAAAAUUGGAACACCUCACGAAGCUUGUCUAGCUCCAUAUGGCAGAUUGCUAAACGACAGCGAGGUGGAGUAUGGCAGCCGUGGAUCCUCCGGCUCGUUAGGUCCCCGGACGGAGCAGUUUGCCCUCGGCUCCUUGUACUAUCUAAUCAACUAUGGCUUCGAGGUGUACGGGGACCGAUGUCUUACUGAAGAUCCUUACGAGCAUGGGCCAAAGACCGUGGAGCUACUACAGAACAUGGAGUUUCCAAAAUUAGAUCGCGACCCGGCAAUCGACAGGAUCAUCGACAAAUGUUGGCACAAUAGAUAUGCCACGGUUUCAGAGCUAGCCGCAGAGACAAAAGCAAUUCUGGAUGAAGGAGCCGACAACGAGGCAACAACAACAGAGUUCCAUCAUUCAAACACCCGUGAUGACGAGGAUCAACACCUCUUUGGAGGGGAAUUCCUUUCGAAGAAAGAUUUCUGCCAGCAUCUGGCGAAACGUGGACUUCUUGACCUGCUUUCUUCGGGUGAGCCUGGGCAACUCGGAUUCACCCUCGCAUGGUAUCGGCACUGUCUCUCAAAUGUACCAUCCAACAAUGCGUCAUAA